AUGACUUCGUCGGAGGCGAAAUCAUCGAAAAGUGUCACUUACACGAUACCGAAAAAAAUGGUGAACGAAAACGUUGUUGUUCGAAAAGCAAGUUUUAAAUGUUCCACGCCGAACAGGGCGGCUUCACAAAGGAUAUCGAGAAAGGUCGUGGUUCCCCUUUCCACGGUUCAAGCUUUAACGUUUAAAUUUAACGAAUUGGCACAAUUGGAAGACGGUACGAAAUCGAAAUUGAGUUCGUCGGCCGUUAAAAAUCUACUGAGCGGAAGUGGAAAAUCGAAUCAUACGAUAAAAGUUGUCAUUUGUAGGAAACCGAGCGGUGCGUCGUCGAAACACAACAGGUCGAGCGAUGAUGUUUUAUUAACCCGUAAAAUAAGUUUUAAAAGAUUUCAAGAGAAAAACACUCGUGCCACGUUCGAAAACGUUCCGUCAUCACGUGUUCGUUCUACGAGCGUACACGAUAAAAUAACAGAAUUCGAAGAUAAAAAAAAAAAGGAAAUAAAUAAUUCGAAACGAGUUUUAAAUGUUAAUAAUAAUAAUAAUAAUAAUACAUCGAGAACUAUGAAAAUGCAAGUGCCAAAAGUUUUAGUCGAUAUAGAUCUCGACGGGGACAACAACAAUUGCGUAGUUAAUCAUAAUAAAAAUAUAAAAAAAAGUGAAAGCGAAGGAAUCCAAAACGCGGAAAUUGUUAAAAAUUCGGAAAAUUCAUUUAGCGUGAGAACUGCCAUUUGUUUAUUCGAAAAAAAUUCUAAAAAUAAUUUUUACUCAGAGAAAAACUACGUUAGUGAAAAACUAAGCCGACCCGCGUCGAAAACGUUCGCCGAUGACGACGAUCAGGGGAAAGAACAAGUUUUCGAAAUCAAAUCCAAACCCGUGGCUGCAAUAAAACCCAUACUCAAAAAACCUGAUUCUAAAACUACGAGAAAAACGAAAUUGUUACCCAACGAUUCGUUAAAUAGAAAAAGAUACGUUCAAAUGAAAAGAGAAUCGGUUGGAAGAGGAGAGGAAAACGAUUUAAAAAUGGACGACGAUGAUGAUGGAGGGGGAGGAGAUCAAUCGAAUUCGGAAAAAGAAAACGACGAAGGAAUCGAAUCGGUGGAUGGAGGUCAUUCGAUCAAUGAUAAAUCCGUCGUCGUUGUGUCGGACGAGGGGAAUAAAAAAUAUACAAACGAUUCAUCUUUGCACAAACAAAUUAGGGGAUCCAAUUUAACGAUGGUAACAACGAGUGAAAUAAAUUUGACGGAAGACGAGGAAAAGCAGGAAAAAAACAAAACGAAAGGAGAAGAUUUUGAAAAUGUUCAUCAACAGAACCGCAUACCUAAUUCAUCUUUUCUAUGGUCUAAAAAAGAUGGCGUUGAAAUCUACGUUGAAAAACCUCAGAUGAUCAAUAGGUUAGAUUUACCGCUUCCGGUUCCGCCGGAAAAUUACGUUCCUACUUUUUUUAACGAAAACGAAUAUGCUUUAUACGAUGAUGUUUUACUACCGAAAAAAACCGACAAGGGAGAAAAAAAAGAAAAAUUUGAAAAAAUAAACGGCGAGGACGAGGACGAGGACGAGAACGACAACGAAUACGAAAACGAAGAAACGUAUGACGAUGUGGGAGAACCGUAUUGGACAAACAACAACAAAAACAAAACAAACAACACGUACGGUAACGAAAAAAUAAUUCAAAAUGAUGUAAUUGAAAAAAAUAAAUUGAACAAAAUGUCGGUUUAUGAUAAUAAUAAUAAGAAAAAUGGCAUGUUGUAUUUGUACGACGAUGGAGAAGGUGAAAAUUAUCAGUACAUAUCGGACAUAAACGAAAUUAUAAAAAAUGAAAAUGAAUUAGAAUUAUAUCAGUACAUAGAAAACAAUAAAGAGGACGGGAAUAUCUACGAGGAUAUACAAUCCAUCAAAAGCACAACAACAACAACAACAACAACGACAACGACAAAGUCGAUUAAUACAAAAGACAAAACUAAAGACAUUUACGAAGAUAUUAAUAAUUGUUAUACGAUUAAUACCGAUAAUAAUGAUGAUUUCAUUAAUAAUUGUUACGAAUCCGUAUACAAUGGUAUAUAUUCAACCAAUCAUAAUAAUAAUAAUGAAAGUCACGAGGGAUACAUAAAAAGCGAUUUAUCGGAUACGAGUAACAAUAGUGGGAAAACCGGGAGCUCAUACGAAAAAAGUAACAGUUUAUAUGGAAUGUCAGGUGGAAAUGCAACAACAGCAGCAGGAGGAGGAGGAGGAGGAAUUAGAACGACGACACCCGAUCAUCGUUUAAGUAUGGGAGAUUUAAACAAUUGCCCGGAAAAUUCCGGAUAUCACAUGACGUUGUUCGGUUCCGCUUGUCCCAACAGCGAAACAAGUCAGAGCAACAGCGACGAAUGGAUCGAAGUCUCCGAAUCCGAAUCCGAAGAAACAUAUUAUCUAAUGCAAGAACGUCCGAGAAAAUGUAAAAUCGGUAAUAAUUCAUGGUAUCAAAAGGAUAGAAAAAAAUGGAAAAAAUUACAAAGGAAAUCAAAUUUUAACCAAGAAAAAUGUUUUGUUUGGUUCCCAUCGAACCAACCAAUAUCCAUUAUUUUCGCAUUAAAUUUAAAAGAAAAAAAAAAAAGUAAAAAACCGCAAAUAUUCGAUCAUUUAUUAAGGGAAUUCGAUUUGAAAAGAAUGAAAACGGACGGUAAUAAGAAAGUGGUAAUUUUAGUGGGAGUAACUCUUUGA